AUGUUAUUAUCUUUUCAGGAAAACUUUUUAUUAAAUAAUCAUUGUGUACCAUGCGAUCGCUGCCAUAAAGGAGAGUUUGUGGUGGAGGAGUGUUCACCAAAACGAAACACUGUUUGUAGGAAACUUCUAAAAAGUACUCGCCCUUCCUCUUCUCCACAUAUAAACUCUCAAGAACCAGUUACUGGGACUAAGCUUGUUGAAAGAGGUACUGUACAUGCCAUGUAAUUGUUACAAGACAAAAUUAAAUUCAGGUUAAUAGUUUUUAACCGAGCCUCGUUUCCAGGGUUCUCUCCUACCCAUGGGAACGAGGUUGUUUUUAACCUUGGUUGAUUCUCGAUUUCCUUUGUCUCCUUUAGAAGACAGUCCAAAACGUGUACAUUGUUUUGUUGAUUAUCUUAUAAUCAAAGAAGAAAGAGAAUCUUAUCACCCAAACGCACGGAAAAAAUUCCUAUUGGUCAUAGCACAAUAGAGUUUCUAAAACAAGAGAAAUAGGCAUGUUUGAUUGGUUAGAAUUGAGUACACCAAAGAGAGCCAUGUGCCACUCUCAGGAAGGAGACCAAAGAUAUGGGACUCUUGGAUGGGAAAUGGUUAUGAACGUCAGCCAGUUCCAAAAACUACCAGCUGCUCUGUAAACUUGCAGUUUUAGUAUUAGGCUUUUACUACAGCUUUGUGCUGCCAGGACUUUGUAUAAAAGUGUGAGAGUACUUUUUUCUUAGCCUUAAUUUGCUACAUGUCUUUUCGUUGAUAAUUGUUGUAAAAAGGAAUUCAGGUUCUUACUAAUUUAUAUUUUGCAGUUGACCAUAUCCCAAUACCAGCCGAUAUUAAAGCGAGAAAGAUGUUUCAGGAUGAGAUUUGGGUGUAUCGUGCUGUCAUAAUGCUAUUAGUGUUGAUCGUAUUAGGCCUGGUUCUUCACAAGAAAAUAAAGUUAUGCCAAACGAUUAAAAGUAAAGUCACCACCCUGAAGAAAUGCUCAGGUCCAAAAGGUGAGGAAGCUUUUACAACUUUGAAGCAUUUAAGCUUUUCAAAAAUGUAAAUGUAAAUGGACUUUUAACUCCAUUUUCUUAAGAUCACGUGAUCAGUCACGCCCAUAAUUAUGCAAAAUUUGGACUUUGCAGAUUACACCACGGUAGUGAAUGUGAACACUAUCGUUUUUCCUUCCAUAAUGUUUCAUUUACAGUCAAUAAGCGGAAUUGAUCGGAGAUUUGUGAAAUGGUUAAUUCCUUUUUAAUUAUUCGAUAUUUUUCUCUCGUCCCAGCCUCCCUCUUAACAAGAAACGUUAUAGUUUACAAAAUGUAGAUAACUUAAGAAAACUCCGACUUACUCCAAAAAAACUCUGUGACAAUAGUCAUUGACAAAAAAUAAAUUGAAUUGCAAGUGUUAUUUAAAACGUGGUGUAAAGUUGGAUUGAAAUAAAAAGUCAAAAACGGGUGUGGCAAGUCACGUGACAAAGAUAACACAUUAGUAAUAAUGAAAAAUAACUGCUUAUGGGGAGUAGAUUUUAAGUUUAAAAUUUUUGUGCGAAAGGUAAAAUCCCUACUAAAACAGACCACCCUUCACCAAAUUUGCAGUGCCCCAUUCCUUAAUUCACCAGAUGAUCUUAAAAUAAGUGAGAAAUAAAGAUACUCCCUUUGCCCUGUUAACGGCUAGACCUUCGCGUGACAGGGAUGACCACGUAAAAUGGCGGUCUCCUGUCUCCAGUAGGAGACGUAAAAAUAGUGUCCCCAAUUAGUACUUCCGUGCUAAAUACAUUGACACUCAAAGAAAGUGCUUUUUUUAAGUGGUACAACGGAAUGAAUCUCAAAGUUGCCGGGAACAUUUACUAGAGCUUAGAGAGAAGGAGAAACAUAUACAGAACAUAGAAAGACAGGUGAUGGAAUUAGAAGAGCAAGUGAGAGAGAAAGAUGAGCAACAACAAAAUUCACAAAGCCAGCUGACCACUUUUCGAGGUGAUGGAGAGAAAGACAGUGUUAACUUCCAGAAACAGUUUCAUUUGAAGCUAAAAGAACUUGCAGACUUGGAAAAAGAGCUGAGAGAUUGCGAACAAGACAAUGUUGAACUACAAAGGGAGCUUUCCACAGCUAAAGAAAAAUUAAGCAAAUGUGAGUCCCUGUUAACGACACGUGAAUGGUUGAUUUCUCGAGAUGAAAUUGAAAUUAUGAGCGAAAAAUUCCUAGGAGAGGGGGGCUACGGAAAGGUUUUUAUAGGCAAAUAUCGUGGUUUUGUCGUUGCUGUAAAAGCACUUAAGAGCUUGACUUUCACUCCACGAGAACGUGAACUGUUUGAAAGGGAAAUGGACAUUGCUUCAAGGUGCCGUCAUCCAUGCUUGUUACAGUUCAUAGGUGCAACUCAAGGAGAAUCACCUUUGUUUGUUACGGAGUUGAUGGAAUUAAGCUUGCGAAAAUUGUUAGGGAAACGUCGGCUAUGUGGAAAAGAAAUCACUACCAUUUCGUUGGACGUAGCUCACGCCCUUAACUACCUUCACCAAAGAAAACCCAAAGCCAUUGUUCACCGUGACGUUAGUAGUGCUAAUGUGUUGCUAUGGAAACAAAAUGACCAAUGGCGAGGAAAACUGGGAGAUUAUGGCACUGUUAAAUUUCUGCAAGAGAUCAUGACUGUAGAUGUUGGGGCUAUGAUUUACAGUGCACCCGAAGCAGGAAAUCCUUAUAAUCAAACAGUCAAGGUUAGUUUCUUGUUGUUAGUGACAGAAAAACCCGACUGUGAUGUCGAGAAUGAAUUUACUUAUUGUUCCCGGAAACUAAAGAAUGUGUUUUGAGGUGGGCGCGGGGUUAAUUCUUAAGGGUAAUUCGAGGAACAGAGUGAACAGAAGGCAAAGGAGAAUGAAUUAUUGCCAUCAAAGCAGUAACAACAGCAACAAAAUACUUCUUUUGCUGUUACAGAACCUCGGUUCAAAGUAACGUUAAAUUCAUGGGUUAUCCUCGGAGACUCAGGGGCAGUUCAUUGCGCUUUUUCUUCCGACCCAACUGACGGUCCCCAAGUCUACGGGGAUGUGGUUAUUGUGGAGAUGAAAUAAUCAGCAUAUCAAGAGAGUAGGACAAAGACAAAAUCCGAACGCCCGACAGAAUUCGAACCUAUGACCUCCCAAACCCAGUGCGGGCGCUCUAUCCACUCGGUUCUACGGAGAACUCAUGGAGAGCGAGGCCAUAUGCUAGGUUCAUAUUUAUUAGUUAUUGUUGCAAAAGAAAAUUUUAAAUGGUGUUUGAACUUGAGCUCUUCUGCUGUGUAAGUUAUCCAUCAAGUCACGUUUGCUGUACAACGACUAGGGACCUUACGAUCCGACAACGGCGACACCAAUGAAAAACUCGCUAAAAAUGGUCUUCGCGUACUUCGAAACCUCCUUAUACCAAUUCACCCAGUUACUUGAAAGUAGGAAAGUUAGGCUUGAACUAAAGAGAAAAACAGAAAAAUUUAUCGCCUUACCGCACCCUUUCUCAGGUCAACCAAGAGAGAAUGAUCUAGCUCAUUCUCUCUUGGAUCAACUCAAAAUUUAGUCAUCUCACGUCGUAGUUAUGCAGGGAGGGCAAAGAAAUUACAAAAAGAGUGAUGCACGUGCAGAGUAUGUUCCGGAGAGUUGUUGUUUUGCUCAUAAAACCUACUGUGUUUGAGACGUUCCCCACUCGCAGUCGUAGUUUCGUAAUGUCCCUAUUGGGAAGUAAAGCGCAGGCUCAGGGUAUGAGAAGGAAAAUGGGAGAGAGAAACAAAAACCAGUGGCGGAUCCAGGUUAGGGGCCCGGGGGGUCCACCCCCUCCUCGUCCCCAGUCGCUCGCGAUCACUGGGGGAUAUUUGAGUUAAUUAUUAAGGAAAGCGGGCACGAAGGGAGUGAUGGGAAGGGGAGAAAAAGCGAAGCUCUCUCCUUUUCCUUCCCAUCACUCCCCGCUCGCGCUCUACGCUCGUUCCCAUCACCCCUCUCUCGCGCUUUUCGCGUGCUCGCGAGUUCCCCAAUCCCCACUUAGCCUUGGGAAAGCCUGUGGAGGAGGCAGCCCCCUCCUUAUUUCUAGACCAAACUGAGGCCCGAAGGGCCGAAAAAAAUUGUUUUGGACACCGCCCCCUCCCCCCCCUCCAUCUCAAGGUCUGCAUCCGGCACUGAAAACGAGAAAGCUUUGCAAACCCCUCAAAUACCGCAUCUUUGCAUACACAAACGGUAGGAGUUGUUUCAAGUCGUAAGAAAGUUCUGGAAUAAUUUUGAUUUCAUGGGCUUUUCUUUACUUGAUUUUUUUUGCCUAAAUGGUGAACAGAAAUCGGUGUUUUACGACAGGUAGUCCAGGUACAACUGAAUUUAGGACUGUGUGGGAUUGAUUUGGGCAAUGUCAAUUUAUUUUCAGGGAAAGGUGAACUAUGCAUUUUUUUUUCGUUUAGAUUGAUGUUUACAGCUUUGGCAUCCUCUUCUGUGAAAUGUGCACAGGAAAUAUUCCAGUUUUGGAAAGUCGUGAAGAGCAAGUGAGACUUGUCACAAACAGGGAGUUUGGUGGGUUGAUACUGUGGUGUAUUGAAGAAGAUCGAACUAUGCGGCCCAGCAUGGAAGAGGUCAUAAAGAAACUUGAGCAGUUCCAAGCAAUUUCGAGUUAAAAUUGUUCAGGAACGGUCGUAUAGAAAAGCAUUACUGAAAACUUCCGCUUAUGACCCCCCUGGUUAUAAAAAGUAGGCCCAUUUACCUGUGAACAAAACUACAUCUGGUUCUAAGCCUUCCGCCCCCCCCUGUGGCUUAUAGUUUAAGGUUUUGAAAGAUUCUCUCCUCAUAUAAAUAUCUUUUGCUAAGCGAACAAGUAAUUUAGACUGAGUAGUUUCUACUAUAUUGUAUAGUAAUUUAAGAUAACAUUAUCAGCAGAACGAUGAACGAUUACAAAAAUUCGCAUUCAAUUUCUGUGCGGACGUAAUCUGCUAGCAAAGCAACCUCGUCCCAAGGGUGCUUUUCUGCCCCACCUCCAAAGCCAGGGAAAAGUGCCCUGGGGACGAGGUUGCUGGCAAAGGCCUCUUUUCCCUGGUAUUCA